UAAGUAGGGUGUCUCCAGUGAAGACCGCCGCUCCGCACUCCUGCUGGCUCCACACUGAGAGCUGCGCGUCUAAACGGACUGAAAGACACUUGAAGACAGCAAAGGCACAGCUGUAGCAUUGGUUUGUGUGUGAGUGAGUGUUUUUUUUUAGGGGGACAUGGCUGAUGUGAGUUCAAACGAGUCGUCCACCGCGGACGUAGCGAACAGGUUUGCUCGCAAAGGUGCUUUGAGGCAAAAAAACGUCCACGAAGUCAAGAACCACAAGUUCAUUGCCAGGUUCUUCAGGCAGCCGACUUUCUGCAGCCACUGCACCGACUUCAUCUGGGGGUUUGGAAAACAAGGAUUCCAGUGCCAAGUUUGCUGUUUUGUGGUCCACAAGAGGUGCCAUGAAUUUGUCACGUUCAGCUGCCCAGGGGCAGAUAAGGGGCCCGACACAGAUGAUCCCAGAACAAAACACAAGUUUAAGAUCCACACCUAUGGGAGCCCCACCUUCUGUGACCAUUGUGGCUCUCUGCUCUACGGCCUCAUCCACCAGGGCAUGAAGUGCGACUCUUGCGAUAUGAACGUCCACAAGCAGUGUGUGAUGAAUGUGCCCAGCCUGUGUGGAACUGAUCACACCGAAAGGAGGGGGCGUCUUUUCCUCAAGUGUGAGGUCAGCGCGGACAAGCUGCAGGUCACAGUGGGUGAAGGCAAAAACAUGAUCCCCAUGGACCCCAACGGCCUGUCUGAUCCGUAUGUGAAGCUCAAGCUCAUACCAGACCCCAAAAACGAGACCAAGCAGAAGACCAAAACCAUCCGCUCCAGCCUCAACCCCACAUGGAACGAGUCCUUUACUUUCAAGCUGAAACCUACAGAUAAGGACCGCAGGCUGUCGGUGGAGGUGUGGGACUGGGACCGGACCACCAGGAAUGACUUCAUGGGAGCUCUGUCUUUUGGCGUGUCAGAGCUCAUGAAAGCUCCAGUCUGUGGCUGGUAUAAGUUAUUGUGCCAGGAGGAAGGGGAGUACUACAAUGUUCCCAUCUCAGAGGAGGAUGAUGGUAAUGAGGAACUGAGGCAGAAAUUUGAGAAAGCCAAGCUAGGCCCAGGUAAGAAGGUGAUCGACGAAAUGGACGACUCCCGCUCCAGCCAGCUGCCCUCCAACAGCCUGGACCAAGUCAAACUCAGCGACUUCUUGUUCCUGGCUGUGCUGGGGAAAGGAAGCUUCGGCAAGGUCAUGCUGGCAGAGAUGAAGGCCACUGAAGAGCUGUACGCGAUCAAGAUCCUGAAGAAGGACGUGGUGAUCCAGGACGAUGAUGUCGAAUGCACCAUGGUGGAGAAGAGAGUCCUGGCCCAAGAGGACAAGCCGCCCUUCCUCACACAGCUCCACUCGUGCUUCCAGACUGUGGAUCGUCUCUACUUUGUUAUGGAGUAUGUGAAUGGGGGUGACCUCAUGUACCAUAUCCAACAAGUGGGCAAGUUCAAGGAGCCUCAGGCAGUGUUCUAUGCAGCGGAGAUUGCUGCUGGUCUCUUCUUCCUGCACAGUAAAGGAAUCAUCUACAGGGAUCUGAAGUUGGACAAUGUGAUGCUGGACUGUGAGGGACACAUUAAGAUUGCUGACUUUGGCAUGUGUAAAGAGAACAUGUCAGAAGGAGUGAGCACGCGCACCUUCUGCGGCACUCCAGACUACAUCGCCCCAGAGAUCAUUGCAUAUCAGCCAUAUGGACGCUCUGUAGACUGGUGGGCAUACGGAGUGCUGCUCUACGAAAUGCUUGCGGGACAGCCUCCAUUUGAUGGAGAGGAUGAAGAUGAGUUGUUCCAGUCCAUAAUGGAGCAAAACGUGUCAUACCCCAAGUCCCUGUCCAAAGAAGCUGUCUCCAUCUGCAAAGGGCUGAUGACCAAGCACCCAUCCAAGCGUCUGGGCUGUGGUCUUGAGGGAGAGAGGGACAUCCGAGAACACGCUUUCUUCAGACGCAUCGACUGGGAACGCCUCCAGAACAGGGAGAUACAGCCGCCCUUCAAGCCCAAAGUGGGCUGCAGUUCCUCUAAUAAGUGUGGCAAAGGAGCGGAGAACUUUGACAAGUUCUUCACACGCACUCAGCCCCAGCUCACACCACCAGAUGAGCUGGUUAUCGCCAACAUCGACCAAGCCGAGUUUGCAGGGUUCUCUUUCAUCAACCCACAGUUUGUACACCCGUCGCUUAGCAACAGCGUAUGAGAAGGAUGGGGAAACCUCCUUGAAGAACCUCCCUGCUCACUGCCACCCACUUAAACCUACCGCCCAUCUAACAUCUGACCACAACUUGAUCAAAGGCCCACUUUAUGUAUUGGUUUUUACUCAUAAGCAGGAAUUUAGCACAUCCACAUUUGUUCUUUACUAUGUGUUUACCAGUAUAGAUUAUAUUGAUUAGACUGUUUCUAAUUUCCUUUAGUUUAAUGAUUAGCAUGCACUAUAGAAAACAAUGUCCUUUCUUAACCCUGUGAUUUAUAUUGAAGGCUUACCAUAACUGGAGGCACUUGGACCGAAGGGUGUCAGGCUUUAUUUAUAUAUGCCAGUACAUGAUUAAGUUAGGAGAAUAAAUUAAUCUCUGCCUGUAUAACCAAGAGAAUAUUAAAGGAUUCAGAUUUAAAGCACAGGUUAUCCUGGAAAGGAUGCCUGUGCAAAAAAUUCAUGCUUACAAAUCUCAAUGGAUAAACAUUAUAGUCUACAGAUCUAGUUGGUGGGUCAUAGUUUGUUUCUAUAUGGAUAAUCAUCACAUUAUAGAUAUUACUGUAUGUGAUGACGGUGAAAAACACCCAUAUAAAGCUGUGUAGACGCUAUAGCCAAAUAUGAAGGAUAGGUGGUGCAGGAGUUGAAACAGCACCUUGUGAUUCAAUGUUUUCUGUAUCUUGUUUACACUUUUCUUAUCCUUUGGUUUCAUGGUGACAGUGUAAAAUUAUAUUUUAGUACAAACUGACUCCAGCCACUCUCACCUUCGAGUGUGCAGAGAAACAGUUACGUAUUUGAAUAAUAUGCAGCCUGUAAAAAAGCAAAUAUGUGAGACACAUGGGUAUCAAAGUGUCGGAAUUGGUUUCACUUUAUCAAGACUUCACUUAGCUUAACUGUUAGCUCCCGAUUUUACCUGGUUUUGAAAGCAGUGAUUUGCAGACCUAUUUCCCAGCCCUCACUGAGCUGCACAAAUUAACCUUGUCAAUAAUUUUGUGGACACACAAUCAACAGUAAUCAGUUUAGCAUGUGGGCUGUGGAAGAAUAUAUUAUAUGUACCUUGAAAAAAAAAAACAACCCUACAAAGUUUACAGUUUGUCAUGUUUUAACACUAGUCAGUGUUAACGACUAUCCCUGUCCCACAACUACAAAGCCUCCCUUUGGUCAUAAAUGUCUUAACAGAAACAGUACAAGACAUUUUAAUACAUUUUUUAGAAUAUAACAUUAACUCAUGUCUUUGUGUAUUAACCAUGCAAUGUUUUAUUGCAUACAGUAUCAUGUCCUCCAGCAUAGAUAAAACACAUGUGUCAGGUUUCUUAGAUACAAAAGUUGCAAAUGAAAAAUGUUGUUUUGCUGUCCUGAGAACAAACUCUUCUUUCAUUAGGAGUAUGUCAACAUAAUCAUUAUUAGUUGAAUAUGAACCUUUUUUGCCUUCAUUGUCGCUUCUUCAUUGUCUUUAAACUAGUUCUGUUUUUACUCUACUCUUUUCUGUGAACUCAUACCUAUUUUUCCAUUAGAUCAGAUGAAUAUUUUAAUGUAUCUAAUAUCAGUGUAUAACUCCUUUGUAAAUAAUCCUGAGUUAUUUCAAAAGAGUAUAGCAAGUUACAGUUUUAUACCAACACCUGAAUGUGCUUUUAUUACAUUAAUUAGAUAAACCAAUAUUUGUAUGUGUAAAAAAAAAAAAGAAGAAGAAGAAACAACUAGGAACAUAACCCAGUAGAGAUCAACUUUGUAACAACUGGAUGUCUUAAAUAGAAUCCAGAUUUAGCAAGUUGUAAAAAUAUCUGUUUUACUUGUGUUGGCAGAUUUAUCAAAUCUUUUUUUUUUUUCUUUUGAUUUUCUUUAAUCAUACUUAGUGAUUUUUACUGCAAAUUGUGUGUUGAUUGGAUGCGUGUCGGGCUGUUGGCCGUCCUUCUGUAUCUGCAUGCUGUUGGUAGGCAUCAUUCAUGCAUGUGAUCUGCUAAGUGCUGCAUGCUACAAAAUAUGACACCCCAAAGAGUUGCAACCCUUAAAUGAUGCACCACACAAAAUCUAAUAUCAGAGAUUAAGAGUCACUCGUUGAAGUUGAAUAAUGGCCACGGUUAUCUUAUAUUCAUGUUGAUUACAAUGGAUUCCAAUAGUGACAACUUUUCACUGUGGGGGGAAAAAAAGUGUAAGAAUGUCCACAAAAAACUGUAUCAAACUAAUCCUACAUCAUAAUGCACUUAUUCGCCGUGUAUCCGUAUGAUAUAUAGCUCAGUCCUCACACAUGACUCUUUACAAACCAACUACAGGAAGUGAGUGUGAAACACUCAAUAGAGAGACUUAGGGUGGAGUGUCACUGUAAACAUAGCUCUAGAUUGACUGAAUUUCAAGCGGGCCAGUAGACAUCACAGUCAGUAACCAUAAGACCAACAAGUCUGUAAGAUUGUGACUGAGUUUUAAUGACACAGCUGUGCAGCAGUAAUAAAACACUGAAAGUCAUAAUGCUCAUGCAGGUGGGUGAGCUGUGUAUGAAAGCAACAGUGAGAAGCAACAGUGAUUUUACCAAAAAAAAAAAAAAAAAAGAAUCCUGAACGCCAGGGGCUGAAGAAAGUAGAAUAGACGUUUAUUGCAGAUUGUGAAUUUAAAUAGAUACUAAUACUUCAUUUUUUUCUGAAACCUAGCCGCUGGCUCUAGAGCAGUGGUCCUUUAAGUAGGAGCUUUAUAUAUAGCUACAUUAUGGCCCUGGUUGGUAUGGCGAUGUGGAAACCUGAAUCCAGAUCUGUGGUGAGUUGUGACUCAGAAGCACUGCUCGUUGCUGAGCCAGUGGGACCACUCGCUCUCUAGUGUCUCAUGAAUGGGGUUUAUGUUAUAUUUUUAAUGUUGUGUUGUUGUUGUUAAUUGUUCUGUUUUUUAUUUUUAUUGUUAUUUUUUUGCUUUUGCCAUUUAUCUUUGGCUGUUGUCAGUGUUGUCAGUUUUAUUUCUCUAGCUUCUGCUCAAGAAAUUCAGGAAUGUUUUCAAAGUAUAUAUCACAUUAGAUAACUCAUAUCUGACCGAUAUAGAUAGGAACUAUUGAACCAUUUGUAAAAUUUUACUCCGUGUUUUUCUAAGAGUCGUGCUCUCCUACUGUGUUUCCUAUCGUAUAUAACCUUUUGCAUGUGCCAAACCUGGAAAACCCCAGAACCCGACAAUAGCAGCGUUGCACUAGCUGUAGUCACACAAAUGACUCUCUGUGGCAGCUUCUCCAUGUAUAGGCUGAGACCUGCCUAGAGCCACACCUGCUGUACACUCUGUUAACCACAUACCAUACACUAGCAUGCUGCCAUGAGUAUACCGGUGCACAUUGUGUCAGUACACAUUACAAUGCCAGUCAGUUUGAUAGUCAACACACCAUAAACGGUACUAUAUCUUCCUGCCUGUCUAGCCUUGGGCAGAAUUGUGUCUGAAAAACAUUUCAACUUGUGGAGCAUUUGAUUUAACAUCCACAGUGAAUUCCUCAGAGGUGAGAGGAAAUAUUCCUUGUACAUACUCAGUUUACUCAGCAACAGUCCUGCCCUGGUCUGAACUUGCACCUCUGUAUGUGCUGACUCAGUAGUCUAGAACCAUCCCUUUAAUUGAUUCUCUGAUGACUUUGCUCCCCAGUCUUCUUUCUUCUUGGAAAAUUUUUCAAAAUAUCAUGUCACAGUUGGUGUGGGCAUGAAAAAAAAGAUUAAUACUCUCCCCUUGUGUGCCUUUCCCAACUUCAACAGAGAUACUUUACAUCUUCCUCUUGAUCCUCAUCCACCUUGUUCUACUCUAAAGUCUCUACUCCUCAUGUAUUUUUAAUCCAUUGUCAAAUUAGCUUUGUUAAUUUACUUUUACUUAGUUUUACUCUAUGUUAGUGUCUCAGCACACCUCAAAAGUCUCACAAAUGUAAAUAAAAGAUCUUAAAAAAAAGACAACAACAACAACAAAAAACUCUGCAUGCUUUGUUCACAUAAAUGGUCCACCAUCUGGUCUGUAAAUCAGAAAUUUAAGCACAUUUUAUUGACUGACACCAAUAACCUUUAGUCUGAAAAACUAUGACUUGACUCACCCUUGUCUGCUUGCUUUACCUUUACCUCCCUGUGCCUAUUAAUGACUGAAUGAUGUAGUGAGUUAAUUAAUAAAUGUAUCGACAAUAUCAAAGGAGGAUACUCGGGGAGUGAGGGAACAUUGAACAUGUGACGUAAGGACAGAUGAUGAUGGCUUGUUUGAAGGAUAACCCCUGUGCCUCGUCACAUUGAACCAGCCCUCCCUUGUUGUCUUGUGUACUCCCUCUUUCAUUCUACCUGUUCCUCCGUCCUCAGUGCCUGGGCCAAGUCAAUCCAUCAUCUUAUCGACAGUGUCCUCCUCCUUUCACCCUUUAAAUCCCAUCAGGUCAGGAAAGCAGUUGACAUUUCUUAUAAUUCCCACAUUUAGCAUCACUUCCACUUUUUCCUCCUCUUUACUGAUUGCCCCUAAUACUCCAUGGGAACGGAAUUAGCCAAAUGUAUUUAGUGUUUUACUUUGUUUACAUUCGUUUUGAUGUCCUCACCUUUUUGUUUGUAACAUUAUGCAACUAUUUUACCUUAAGAUAACAGCUUCAGAAUCAUUUGAUGGUACACUGACUUGUAAGGAAUGGCGCUUCUUUCAUUCCCACUUGGUGCCCUGUAUUCCUGAUCUUGGACUAUGUAACUUCAGGUUGAGCGGGUGCAAGAAGUGCAUAACACUUUAGGGCACUGCGUCACACACACACCACCGAUUAUGGGUCCGUUAGCUAUAAGAAGAAGCUAGCUUGAUAUUCUUGGUAAGGACAUCAUGGCAGAGGCAAUGCGACUCGCUCCUAGCAUCUACAUUUUAGCACACAGCUGCUGUGGGUUCAGAUGUUUUCGGUCAGUCAGAUUAACCGAAUGCUGACUUGAUAUGAGUCGACAGCGUGACUGCUGGUUUGUACUGAGGGGAUGAUUUUGUGUUUGUUGCCUGAGCAAGUGAUUGUCUGUACAUGAGCUGUUAGCUUCUAGGGGCACGCUGCGUCCUGUACCCUUGACUGCUGGACAAAAAGAAUUUAAGCCGCCAGCGCCCUGUAAUUACCAUCUUGUGGCUGCAGAGGCCGCUGUUCAGCAGAAGUUACAUAGUCUUGCAUUAAGGGAAUAAGAUGGCCAGAAAAUAAGGAAAUAAAUUUCUUAUCUUAAAUGAAGAGUUUUGAGAGAGAAGUCUGUUAUGAUUUUUUUUUUCAAUUGGUAUUUCUUACAAUACUCUGUUUAGAUACCCGUUUGUUUUAUGUGAAUCUUGCUUUCCUCAUUGUAGUAAGUCAUUACUCUCCACCGUGUCCUGUUCGCUAUGAAAUGAGAGCGUUGAAGUGGACUGCCAUCUCUUUGGCCGUUACAGAGUACAGGAUCAGUGAUGUGCUGGAAUGCCUUAUCUCUUAACCCUUACAUUAACAUGGUCCCUAACUCUCCUCUCUUUGUUAAUUUAUAAUCUCAGCAUCCCUGUGGUUGUACAUAAAUGACUUACAGUAGAUAUCUACAUAGACUGUAAAAGAAAGAAUAUAUUGUAUUUUAAAAAUGGUGUAUGUUUUCUUCCCUUGUCAGCCUGAAACCUUCAAAUGAGUCUGAGCUACUUACCUUGUAACUGAUUGUGUCAUUUGUACCUAAUGUAUGAUAAUGCUAAUAAAAAAAAAAGAAAAAGGAAA